AAUUCUCCUGGAUUGCCGUUUUGAGUACUCUCAUAGUGAUAUUUGUAAUCAGCGCAUUUUAUUUCACAAAGACUUUGUUGUGACCGAAAGUCGGAAUCGUCCCCACCCCCUUUAAUUGUCAUUUUUUUAGAAAAAUUUUUUUCCUUUGUUAUCGCUUUUAUUAAUUGUUAAAAAUUUACUUUUUAGUUAUGCAAAUUUAAUGUCUGAACAACAAAAACAAACAGUAGAAGGUUCAACAAAAACAACAAAAAACACAAAUAAUUCUCGUUAUAUGCACAGUAUUUUCCAAGAGUGUGAUCAAUUAAAGAAAGAAUACGACAAUUGUUUUAACGCUUUUUUCCAGAAAUUUAUAAGUCCGGAAUAUCGACAUUCUAGUGGUUUGAACAAUCCUUGUGAACAAGUACAUUCUGUUUAUAGAGAGUGUGUUGAAAAGGUUUGUCUUUUUGGCGGGCGGGGGGGGGGGGGGGUGAGGGAUUUUUAAGAAAAUUGAAUAUGCGGGGACGUUGGUGAAGAUUUUGGUAGAAUUUUACCUUCUCAUUUAUUUUUAGAUUUAUGUUUUUUGUA